UUUCCCGUUCUCGUCUCCAAAAAAAGAAAAGGACAGCCUAGGAGACACCAAUCCAAUAACCUUUUCAUUGCUUUGAUUCCUCGCCCAGCUUCUUCUUCUUCUUCUCCGCAAAAACCCUUUCACAUCUCUCUCUAGAAGCUAUCUCUUGUCUUGAACUUGGUCAGUUUAAGUCACCCGAAUCAGGCAGGAUUUCCUUACAAACCCAAUUGCACGCAAGACUGUCUUUGAUCAUCAUUAACUCACCAAUUGUAUCAUUGUUCAAGUCCCAAUCACGAUCACAGCCGUUGAUCAAGAAGCAGAAAUGGAAAAAUCUAAGGUUGGCAAGGAAGCUUACCUCAACGGGAAUCCCCAUCAUUCCUUCUCUUCUUCCUCUGCUUCUCAAAGACAUGUCAGCUACAGCUGCGGUAUUUGCGGGUAUGAAUUGAACUUGAGCUCCUCCAAUCGGAACACCUCAUCUAUUGGCUCUAAAUAUGGGAAAUCCAUAAAGAAAGGGAUCAUUUCAUUCUUCUUCAUCGAUGAGAGCAGAUUUACCCAGGUUGAUGAAUUUCAAUGCAUUCCCUUCUUUUCAAGAAACUCCUGGGGCUUGUUCCACCGGAGAACAGCACUUCUUUGCCGCAAGUGUGGUAAUCAUAUUGGAUUUGCUUAUGAUGACAAAGCUUCAGCAUAUCCACUUGUAGCAGACGGAUCUGACUCUUCCUCAGCCUGUGAAGUUUCCAAACAUCGAAAAUAUGAUGUUAAAAUCCGUGCCUUGCAGCCUUCUUCUGUUGACCAGUUUAGCACUCCAAUUUACACCUGAUGUAUCCGGAGCAAGCCUCUUCAUAGGUGUAAUCAAAUGGUAUCGGUUACACAUCAAAAACUAAACCAGAAGUUUCCCUGAGAUACUUUCAUGUAUACGUGGUCGAUUCCUUUAAUUUUGUUCUCUGUAUGUGUGUUUACUGUCAUAUAUUAGAGUGUGACUUGUACAGAGCAGUGUUGAGAAGCAUUAAAAGAAAGCAGUGUGGAUGUUGAAGGGACCAAAGUCCAUCAACCAUCCAGGUUUGACGGGAGAAUAGUAGUCUGAUAUAUCGAAUGGAUGAGUUUGAAGGGACAUUAACGUUGUGCUCCAAUUUUAUAUAUUCUUCUC